AUGAAGAUGAACAUUUGAAUUGCAGAGAGAUGGAGGAAUUGGAGGAACAAGUUCUUCGAAGUCUUGAUUCGCUUUGAAUUGGAUUCAUUAUUGGCUUCAGUCAUCUGAAUGAAUUCGAACAAAUUAUUUGAAGUUUUUAUUCGUUUUGAAUUAAACUCGUUGUUGGAUUUGUUAUUGGCUUCAGUCACUUGAAUUGAAUUUCUUUUACCAAUUUUAACAUAUAUUUUGUAUAGAAUCAACAUUUUCACAAACUUUACUUUUAAAGUAUUGUUUGAUAGGGCAAGACUCCCCCUCUAUCUUUUCUCUCUCUAAAAACUCUCUAAAAAAACUUUCUAUUUUUCAUGGCGGUACGGGAAGGAGUCGAGAUCUGAUGCUGCUACUCCUCCCCAAUAGUAAAUCUACUAAUCUGUUAGUUUUGCUCUCAGUUCGUGUGGUGCCCUCCCUCUCUCGUUCAGAUCUAGCCUUUCUAGGCAAUGAUGCUGGCUUUUUUGAUGGCGACAUCCGUCCUAUGGUAGUUCUGAUCAAUGUUGUGAAGAAAAUGUCCCAAGAUUUCAGUGUAGACUCUCCCAAUGUUAUCUAUAAAGCUUUCAAGACAAUUUAUCAUAGUUCAAAACUUGCUUCAAAGCUAAUGUUUGCUUCUAGGAAAGAGUUAGAUCUCUUUGCUUUGAAAAUUGUUGUAGACGUUAUUGUAUUGGAUCUUUUCUUUGUUCUUGAUGCAAGAGUUUUAUGUUCUUAUAUUGUUUCUAGAGGAGAAUCCUCAUAUCUACAUCGUGUAACUCGUCAUGGUUUGUUUUAAUACAAGUUCUUUUAUUCUUAAAAAA